CAAUUUUAUUACAGGUACCACCAUUCAGACAAAAAUUAAACCCAAACAGACGUAUCCACAUUUUUCUCUGUGUGAAACUUCCAAUUGACUAUAUACUUUCUCAAUAAAAACAGACACUGCAGAUCACAUCUGUUGGGUUUGGAAAUGAAACAAUAGACGACAGUCACUCUCUCUUCCUGACAAAAAGUCCUAUCCGUACUACCUAGAAGAAAUAUUAACGAGCAAAAGCUGGAAGAGUGUUGUUGUUGUUGUUGUUGUCCAUUUAUUAGUGAUUAUCGCCUGACUGACAGUCCGUACCAUUAAUGCUUGCUUUGAUGAGGUUUCUGGCCCACCUCUGCGCCUGCUUGCUAAAGAGAUUCAAACGCGGCGGCGGCAGAGGCGGCGCCGCCGACGAUGCCGAAGACGAAGUUGUCGACUCCUUUGACAUCUUCUUCGAGCUCCGCGCUCUCCAAGUCGCCACCAAUUUCUUCUCCGAGCUCAAUAAGCUCGGUCACGGUGGCUUUGGUCCCGUCUACAAGGGAUUGAUGCCAAAUGGACAAGAAGUGGCAGUGAAGAAGCUAUCAUUAGAAUCAAGACAAGGGAGGAGAGAAUUCACUAAUGAGGUGAAACUGUUGCUUAAACUUCAGCACAAGAAUUUGGUCACAUUAUUUGGAUGUUGUGCUGAAGGGCCUGAGAAAAUGCUUAUAUAUGAAUACCUGCCUAACAAAAGCCUCGAUUACUUUCUAUUUGAUAAAGAGAAGUCUGCAUCCCUGGAUUGGCCAACAAGAUUUCGAAUAGUAACAGGCAUUACGCGAGGCCUUCAAUACCUACAUGAAGAGGCCCCAUUAAGGAUCAUUCAUAGAGACAUCAAAGCUAGUAACAUAUUGCUGGAUGAGCAUUUGAAUCCAAAAAUUUCAGAUUUUGGCUUGGCGAGGCUCUUUCCUGGGGAUGACACCCAUGUAAAUACGUUUAGGAUAUCUGGUACUCAUGGUUACAUGGCCCCUGAAUACGCAAUGCAUGGAUAUUUGUCUGUGAAGACAGAUGUUUUCAGUUAUGGAGUUUUGGUGUUAGAGAUUGUUAGUGGGAGAAAGAACCAUGACACAAAGCUUAGUUCAGAGAAACAAGAUCUCUUGAACUACACAUGGAUGCUGUAUCAAGCAGGGAGGACAUUGGAAUUAAUUGACCCAACCAUUGCCAAGUACAAUCCUGAUGAGGCAGCUAUGUGCAUCCAGCUUGGGCUGUUAUGUUGUCAACAAAGUGUUGCAGAAAGGCCUGACAUGAAUGCAGUUCAUCUCAUGCUUUUGAGUGAUUCAUUUACAUUGCCCAGACCAGGUAAACCCGGAAUUCAAGGUCGUGGUGGACGUUGGACCUCUACCAGUACUGCUUUGACUAAUACCAAUGCUAGUAGCACGGCUACUGGUGCUACCAAGGCUUCUGGAGGCGGUAGUUUUGUUGAGGAAUAUUCUAGAAAUUCUAUAUCUGUUUCUUCUAUUGAUGAAGGAAGAUGACCGGAUUUUAUAGAAUGUAAAGGGCAAUUAGCUUCAUUUAUAUUAUGUAAAGUUUCUUCUUCUUGUUUUUUGGGCUAAAUUUUUUAUGCUAAUUUAGUGUAGUUUUUGUUUUUAUUUUUUUACAUUAAAACCAUUUGCUGUACUAGUGAUAGAGCAAAGAUCAAGAGCUUUUAUUUUCUGAAUCCAUUGGUUUUUACGUGAUUAAA